AUGCGUGGACUAGUCGACGAGACACCUCUCCCAAAAAGACAGUGCAUUACUCCUCAAGAUGAGGAAGAUAAACCGUGGCUGCCAUCCGACAGCGAGGAAGAGGAACCACACCGCGCCCCUAGCACCGACCGCGACGAACCAUGGCUCCCCUCCGACAGCGAAGAGGAGGAUGACGACACCAAAGGCAGCGAACAUGAGAGGCGCAAUGAUCCAGGCAAGGAAGAUCCGGACGACACCAGAGUUGACGGCUUCUCCCGACCACGGAACGCCAUCGGGUCCCAGAGCGGCAAUUCCCGUACCGAUCAUACCAUCAUGAUCGAUGAGGGCCAGAAUACCGCCAGAGACGAUAUCUUUACGACCGCGAGCGGCUUUCCCAGGUCAUUUAACAGAAAGCUAUACUUCCACUGGGUUAUCGACAGACAUAAAUCUUGGGUAAAACCCGAAGACCAGCCGAAAGGGAAGGAUAGAACAAAACAAAUCUGCGCUACGUUUGAUAUAAGCGACCAAGGAGACAUCUCAAGAAACCUAUGGAGCUCGCAGUGGCGGACAGGAACCGUUUCGUUCAACAGGUCCGAUAAAGCGCUCAACUUCCCCAAUGAAGAUUUUACGACGUACCCAUGGGGCCUUCCCGCCCAGAAACUGUAUCAAGCAGUUGAGAAACGCGGUCGUUUUCAGGCAGACACUCCUUAUGAGAAACCUUUCCGAGACCUACUUUGGCGCAUUGAAGAGUGGUACUUCUGUCAAACGCAGGCUGAAUAUGACACCCUCAAAAUCCUGGAUAUUACCGAAUGGGGCUAA